AUGGCCCUUUGCUGCUGUCCACCUUGCUGUCAGCCAUGCUGCUGCAAGACCACCUGCUGCAGUACCACCUGCUGCCAACCCUGCUGCUAUGAAUCCUGCUGCCCUGAGUCCACCUGCUGUCAGCCUUGCUGUUCCCCAAGUUGCUGCAGUAUACCAUGUUGCCAACCCUGCUGUUGUGUGCCCACCUCCUGCCAGCCCUGCUGUUGUGUGCCCACCUGCUGUAAGACUACCUGUGGCAAGCCAACCUGUGUGAACAUCUGCUGCAGCACACCCUGUUGCCAGCCCUGCUGCUGUGUGCCCACCUGCUGCCAGCCCUGCUGCUGCGUGCCCACCUGCUGCCAGCCUUGCUGCUGCAUAUCCACCUGCUGUGAAAGCACCUGCUGUGAUACCACCUGCUGCAAGGACACCUGUUGCAAACCAACAUGUGUGGUUGUCUACUGCAUCACACCCUGCUGCCAACCCUGCUGCUGCUGA